UUUAUGUCACUGUUGGCUGCUUGUUCUGUUACAGUUCUUUACUUUCGCUCGGUAAUGAUGCAAUGUUUUAAAAUGCAAAUAUAGAUCAUCCAUUAAUGUUUGAAGAAGUAUUUGACUGGUGCGGGAUUUAUCGUAUAAAAUAAAGAGUACAAAAGGAUGACUCAAGUUCGAGCUGUUUAUGAAUUCGAAGCGCAGCCAAACUCUGGAGAGUUGUCUAUUUCAGUAAAUGAAAUCCUUACGGUUGUCAGAGAAGGUAUCCAAGGGGGAUGGCUAGAGGGUCGCAAUGCAAAAGGACAACAUGGACUUUUUCCAGAAUCUUACGUUGUGAAAAUCAACGCUUCACCGACUCUUCCAAAAGCAGUUGCUAUACAACAUCGCAAUCCUCCAGCCUUUGCUGUCGAAGAUAGUUGGGAUGCACCUCCAACAUCAGCUCAUUAUCCACAGUUGAUCGUCCCGUCAAAUGAACAGCAGUUGCAUGAUGUAACAACACCUCCGGUACCGGCCUUGCAUGAUGAUGACGAUUUUGAUGAUUGGACUGAUGAUGACGAAGAAUUGUCGGAAAGUGUGUUAAAUACAGCAGAUAAUCCCGAAAUGCAUAGUUAUAUAUACAGUAAUCGAGCUGCCAAGAGUGAUGCACUGAUCAAGCAAGGAACAGUUAGAAUGAAAAAUAUAAAUCGAUUCUCCAAUUUCGUCAAAUCAGGUAUGGAAGAUUACAUCCUACUUAAUUCAAGACUCACAUCAAAAACGGAGGAGUACCAUGAAAUAAUUCUGACAGCGGACGGAGCGGAAUGGAUUCCAGUUACUCAGCCUUAUUAUUGCAUCGUCGAUAAACCGAAGAAAGAAUCUAAACUGAAAGGUCUGAAAAGUUUCAUUGCAUAUAGCGUGAAAUCCUCUCUCAGCGGCAUACAGGUAUCACGACGAUACAAACAUUUCGAUUGGCUUCAUGAGCGGAUGUCAGCGAAGUACAUUCUAAUAGCACUUCCACCACUGCCGGAAAAACAAGUCGCUGGUCGUUAUGAAGAAGAUUUUAUUGAGCACCGGAAGAACAUUCUACAAAUUUGGGUCAAUAAAGUAUGCAGGCAUCCUGUUCUCAAUAAAUCAGACGUGUGGAUACAUUUCGUAACGUGUACGGAUGAAAAGAAAUGGAAAAAUGGUAAAAGGAAAGCAGAAAAAGAUGAAUACGUUGGAGGGAAUUUUCUUUAUUCUAUCAAGGUUCCAAGUCAGCCACUCGAUAGCAAUGAUGUCGAACAGAAAGUGGAUAAUUUUACUCGUUCCAUGCGAAGUUUUGAAGAGAGUGUUAACUUCAUGUAUAAUCGAGUCAGCGAGACCCACAAAAGGCUUGCAGGACCAUACAAAACAAAUUGGCAAAAAAUGGGAGAAGCUUGUACCGGUCUAUGUCGAUCAUUCGAUGUCAACCCAUCAUCAAAAAAUGAGAAAGUUACAAGUGCUCUGAAAGAAACAGCAAAAGCGCUACACUGGAUCGGUGAUGAGCAUGAGAAAUUAGCUAAGAAAUCGUUAGAUCCCCUAUUGGAUGUAUUGUAUUCCUACAAAGGAAUGCUCGCCUGCAUACCAGAUAUCGUCAACGUUCAUAGGUCAGCAAUAUCCAAACUGCGUGAAAAUGAAAAGCUUGCGACAGAAGGACGUGUUUCAAGUGCAGAUAUGGAAAAAGUGAAAGAGAAGGUUGAUUCUAUUAGUUACAUGAUGCUAGCAGAAAUAGCAUUUCAAAAUCAUGAACUUGGCGAGGAUUUCAAGAACAUGAUGGCGGCAUAUUUGGAAAGUCAGGGAGAAUUCUACAUGAAUGUUGGCAACCAACUGAAUAAUCUUGCCCGGAUGUUCAAGUAAGCUUAAGUGGUAUAUAUGAAAAAGAUGUACAUGUUUUUUUCUGCCAAAAGUUUCGGUUAAUGAUUGCUUUUUCUUUCCUUCAAUCGCUGCAUAUCAAUUCUUUAUGACCUUCUCAUAUAUUGCUUACUUAAGCAAAAUAUUUCUUGAAACUCUGCGUUUUCACUGUUGUAAUAGCUGUUAACUUCCGUUUUAUGAAGAAUGGUUUCAGUUUGACCACGGAUUGCAUUUUACUCCUUUUAGCUUCCAAGUGAUGAUAGGGUGACUCAUCAAAUUUCUUUUUCGGAAAAAAACAGUCCAUAAAUUAGUAAUUUAUAAGAAUUUACAUAGCUGCAAAGAGUGUUGUAUUUCUCCCUCACAUCAGUUCAUUAUGUUGUUUUUUCGUGUGCAACUUUAUUCAAACUCGUGCGGAAUAUUGUUUUUGAAUUUUUCAAUUACAUGGAAUUUUGUGCUCUCUUAUCUAUGCCUUUCAAAACUUAUCAUACGCCGGGUAUUAUUUCGUUCGUUCUUGCUUAUUUUUCUUUUACAUUUUUGUGAAUUUCGUUAGAACUUGUUUUUGUCCUUUCUCGAAUGCCAGCAUUAAUUUCACAACUCGUAUUUGUGCUAAAUUUCUUUAAAAUUUAAUUUACUAUUUUAUCACAUUUAUUUAUAAAUCUAGGGUAUUUAUUUUUAUUUCACAGUGAUAUCUUUUUAUGUCUCUUUUAUCAUCAUAUCUACACCAUUUAAGGUGUUGACUUCGAUGCAUCUAACUCAUCUUGCCGGUCCAAUCCUUAUUUUUCGGAAAUAGAGGUUUGAUGUCGUUAACCGUAUCCUAUAGUUUCUGUCUCGAAAAC